GACUUGGUUCACAGUUUACUUUUAGCAAUCUCGGACAAGCUCCCUUUCCUGAUGCAGACAUAUGAUCUCUCGUCCUUUUAUCGAGGUUCAAAACUAAAUGUUUCGAACACAAGUGAUUCGUGGAGAUUGCCUAACAAACUCUUCUCGCUUUCCUUCAUUCAAGAAUCUACACACAUAUUUUGCUGCCAUCACAUGCAAUGGUGUUCCCAUCUGGAAAGCAGGUGGCGCUGUCGACUCCUCUGCCUGGCUCGAGUUUACUUUCUACGGAAACCUCCUGCUCUAUAAAGGCUAUUCAGUUGUGUGGCGGUCCAACACUUACGACCAAGGCAUCACCUCUGCCUCACUCGAAAACUCAGGUAACUUUGUGCUUAAAAAUGGAAGUGUUUCUAAGUGGUCAACCUUUGAAAAUCCAACUGAUACAAUAGUUCCUAUGCAACGUUUCACUGCUGAUGAUUUCUUGCAAUGUGAGUUGUACUCUUUUCAUCUUUCGAGCUCAGGAGAGAUAUCUCUCCGGUGGAACAGAUCCGUAGAGUAUUAUAGUACUACUAAUGUUAGCUACUCAAACAUGACUUCACCGAGUUUAAGGCUGGAUUCAGAAGGGAUUCUUUCGCUGAACGAUCAGUCAUCAUCACGUGUAAUUAUGGCAUGAGGUAGUGACUAUGGUGAAGUGAGUGAUCAAAGUCUGAUAUUCCUGAAGUUGGAUUUUGAUGGGAAUUUGAGGAUGUAUAGUUCUUCAAUAAAUGGAAGAGGAAGUAAGAAUGUGACAUGGGCUGCUGUCACAGAUCAGUGCAAGGUUUUCGGUUAUUGUGGAGAUUUUGGUGUUUGCAGAUAUGAUGAGAUCAGUGGGAAUCCCUUCUGUGGAUGCCCAUCUCAGGAUUUCUUUCUGAAUAAGUCGAACGAGGGAAGGAAUGCAGGUUGUGAGAGGAAAAUGGAUAUUCAGAAGUGUCAAACGACAAUGCUGUCUAUGGAUAAUACCUUGUUCUUGACAUAUCCUCCAGAAACUGAUGAAGAUUCCUCCAUAGCAACUGCUGCAGCCUGCAGGUCGAACUGUCUAAACGAUUCUUCAUGUGUAGCUUCGACUUUCUUGGCAAACGGAACAGGCACUUGCUACAUGAAAAGAUCAAGUUUCAUCAGAGGUUAUGAUACGAGACCCCCGCCACCAGACGCACCAGCAGAGCGGCAUGCCGAGCUGGAGGCGACAACAGCCGAGCAGCACGGCGCAGCAGAGCGGCAUGCCGAGCUGGAGGCGACAACAGCCGAGCAGCACGACGCAGCGCUUCCGGAGCCGAGCAGCACGACGCAGCCGAGCAGCACGACGCAGUGCGUGAAUGACCGAAGUGAAGAAUUGAUUGUGUCGAAGAGAUCCUUGAGGCCGAGAGACAAGCUCAAGGCGCCGAACAAGUUCAAGAAUUAGCCGAUUCGUUUUGUUUCUUUUUUAUUUCUUUCCUUUUAUGUUUUAGUAUUUUUGAAACAUUAAUUUACUUAUUGUUGAGUCGGGCCUGAUGUAUAAGCCCCGUUCGGGUUUUC